UCAGCAACCGACUCUCUCUUUCUCUCCCCCACUCUCUCUGGAGAUCUGCGUGAUUGCUCGAUUUCACGAUGGAAAGAGCUCUCAAUUCAAUUCGCGCAGUUCUAAUCACCGCGGUGAUCUGCAUUGUUCUCUUCUCCGAUGAUGCGCGGAGUUUCUAUCUACCUGGCGUAGCUCCUGAAGACUUCGAAAAGGGGGAUUCAUUGAGCGUGAAAGUGAACAAAUUGACGUCCAUAAAGACUCAGCUACCUUAUUCGUACUAUUCUAUCCCUUACUGCCGCCCAAAUACUAUAAUCGACAGUAGAGAGAAUCUUGGAGAAGUACUUCGUGGAGAUCGAAUUGAGAACUCCCGUUAUGUGUUUCGGAUGAGGGAGCCACAGUUGUGCAACGUACUUUGUCGAGUUGAACUAGAUCCCAAGUCUUCAAAAGCAUUCAAGGAAAAAAUUGAAGAUGAAUACCGUGUCAACAUGAUCUUAGACAAUCUUCCUUUGGUUGUACCGAUUCCUAGAUCGGAGCAAGAAGGUCCUCCGAUCUAUCAGCUGGGCUUCUACGUAGGGCUGAAAGGGCAAUAUGCAGGCAGCAAGGAAGAAAAGUAUUUUCUCCACAACCACUUGAAUUUUGUCGUCAAGUAUCACAAGGAUCCACAAACCUAUACAUCAAGGAUUGUAGGGUUUGAAGUCACACCAUUUAGUGUCAAGCACGAAUAUGAAGGAAAAUGGACAGAAAACACACGGCUAGCGACAUGUGAUCCACACGCCCAACGCAUCGUUACCUCUUCAAGCUCACCACAAGAGGUUGAAGAUAAGCAAGAAGUUAUAUUCACUUAUGAUGUCACAUUUCAGGAAAGCGACGUGAAAUGGGCGAUGAGAUGGGACACGUAUCUCCUAAUGGCCGACGAUCAGAUCCACUGGUUCUCCAUAGUGAAUUCUCUGAUGAUCGUCCUCUUCCUCUCGGGUAUGGUCGCGAUGAUAAUGCUCCGAACACUUUACCGAGACAUAUCCCGGUACAACGAGCUCGAGACCCACGAGGAGGCCCAGGAGGAAACCGGAUGGAAACUAGUACACGCGGACGUGUUCAGGACCCCCAGCAACUCGGAUCUCCUCUGCGUCUACGUAGGAACAGGCGUGCAGUUUCUCGGAAUGGUCGUCGUCACCAUGAUCUUUGCCGUCCUCGGAUUCCUCUCACCUUCAAACCGAGGCGGCCUGAUGACAGCCAUGCUACUCCUAUGGGCUUUCAUGGGGAUCUUUGCCGGCUACGCCGCCGCCCGUCUCUACAAAAUGUUCAAAGGGACAGAGUGGAACAAGAUCGCCGUGAAUACAGCUGUCUUCUUCCCAGCCACGGCGUUUGCCCUCUUUUUCGUCCUCAACGCCCUCAUCUGGGGCGAGAAGUCGUCCGGGGCGGUCCCAUUUGGGACGAUGUUCGCUCUCGUCUUCCUUUGGUUUGGCAUCUCCGUCCCACUCGUCUUCCUCGGAAGCUACAUAGGGUUCAAGAAGCCGGCGAUCGAGGACCCCGUGAAGACGAACAAGAUCCAGAGGCAGAUCCCGGAGCAGGCAUGGUACAUGAACCCGAUCUUCUCAAUCCUGAUCGGGGGCAUCCUCCCGUUCGGGGCGGUGUUCAUUGAGCUCUUCUUCAUACUGAGCUCCAUAUGGCUGAACCAGUUCUACUAUAUCUUCGGGUUCCUCCUCAUCGUCUUUGUCAUCCUCCUCAUCACGUGUGCCGAAAUCACAGUGGUGCUCUGCUACUUCCAGCUGUGCAGCGAGGACUACCUGUGGUGGUGGCGGUCGUACCUGACAGCGGGAUCAUCGGCGCUGUACCUCUUCUUGUAUGCAGUGUUCUACUUCUUCACGAAGCUCGACAUCACGAAGCCGGUGUCAGGGGCGCUCUACUUCGGGUACAUGCUGAUUGCCUCGUACGCCUUCUUCGUGCUGACUGGGGCCAUCGGCUUCUACGCUUGCUUCUGGUUUACGAGGCUCAUCUAUUCUUCUGUCAAGAUUGAUUGAUUAGAGAAACGAUGAAGCACGACUUAGUUGGUAGGACGCUUUCCUCCUACAAUAGUUUGGAGAUUCGAGUCACCACAGCAGUCACCGAGCUUCUCCUCAAACCAAUAGUUCGAGAUUUCGAGUUACCAUAUCAGUCACGGUUGGUUCGGGAUUUCGAGCCACCAUAACAGCCACGGAGGUAAAUGGAGCCAUUAGCGAUCCUCUCUUUAAAAGAAAUUGAUUAAUUACAGUGUUGGUCUGAAUGAUUUUCAUAGUUGACACCAAAAUUUAGAAGUGAAUGAGAUAACUACUACUCCUUGUUUC